UCGGCGCUGCAGCAGUGCCAAAGCGAGCGAAAAUGCCAAGCAUGACUCACAGCGAGGACAAUUACUAUGAAAAGAUAACAUCAAUUCAGCAAAGCAUGAGUAAAAGGGAGAAGCGGAGGCUGGAACUGGAGAGGGAACUGUUUGCUUACUCCAGAUCUGAUAAAAGAAUCUCACAGAUAAAGUGUUCCAAACUGCGCAGUUAUCUCAAGGAAAUCUCUGACAGGGAAGCACGAGCGAAAAUGAGAAACCUUGAGCUUCUGAGAGAUGUGGAGUGCAUAGAAAUCAGCAUGAAGGAAUAUAGUCCUGACCAUGGCCCCCUGCAACAACAAAAGGCUGACUUUAAGAAAAUGGAGAAAGAUCUUGAAGCAGCAAAGAUGAAAGCUGUGCAUAGAAAGCACCAAGACAGCUCUGUCUCUCAUGCAGCUAAGAAUUUUACACAAUCACCAGCAGUGAUUUUUAUGGACUACCAGAACUCCAGAGGGUCUGACGUUGAAGCUGGCACCACAAGUGUACACUCACACCAAGCAUUACAUCGUUCACCCAAUCGCAGCAUGCAAUCCCGCGAACGUCUACCAAGUGGCCUUUUGAAGGACUUCAGAGUUGGCGGAGAGGAUGCCACCAGCAACCGAGCACAUUUAUCAGAUGACAUUUCAGGCUCAAACGAUUCCCCUGACGGCUGUAAUUUGAGUGACAAACAUGAAAGAAUGAUGGCGGUGCUCCCAUCUGUUUGUGCCUUAACAGGCGCAGCUGGCAGUGUGCCUUUUGGAAGUGAUGAUGAGCAAGAACCUUCACCUCUGGUGACCUUGACAGCGCCUGAGAAGAAUCCGUCUCCCAGCAGCCGAGGCCCCAUCAGGGCUAAGAAUUCCCCUGCAGAUCACACUAACUCCCAAGAGGUGGUUCAUCAGCCACUCAUAAUGGAAGCUGGAGAGAGAGGUCUUAACCAUUUGAUGCCUGAAACCACUUUUGGAAAAGAAGCAAAAGACACACCAGGUAAAUGUGAAUGUGUCAGCACACCAAGUUCUGAUGUGCAGUUGUCAGAGAGCAGUGCUAGUGACCUGUCCAUUUCCCUGACACAAUCUGAGCUGGAGGAGGAGGAUCUACCAGAGGGUGUGGAACCUAAGAGGAAUGCCACUUCAGGAGGGAGUGAAGAUCACAAUCAGCACAGUCCAGAAUCAUCCCUCCACUCUGAUGGGUCCAAGAACACAUCUUCAGCAGUGACCUUGGAAAGUCUCUCCCAGGAAGGACUCUUUAAUCUGCUCAACAGCAUCGAAGGACGAUUCCAUGAUGAGCGGACCAAUGUGUAUGGGGAUUCUUCAGUUGAUGAAGGACAACUCAAUAGACUUAUCAGCCUUUGUAACGCUGGAGCGGGCUUGAAUGACGAGGACCUUGAAGCAUGCGGAGCAGUCGUCCUUCAUGGGCUUCAGAGGUUGUCAUGGAGCACAGCAAAGGGAUGCCUGCUACCACAGGACCUAGUGAGUUCUCACCAGUCGAGCCCUGAGCCUAAUGAAAUAAGCACCAGCCUCCCUCCUGAUGCCGCUCGGCUGUGGGAUCGCUGGUUCAAGCACGCCCUUCUGCUCAAGGAGCGCCGUGUCCUCAACACUGAGCGCUUGGUCCAGCUGUUCACGCCGCUGCUGCUGGAGCGCCAUGCCACCUACAGCCACCAGGCCAAAGUGCUGCUGAGGACACUUCUGUCCCGGUCCAGUGAGGAGUGCCCCUCAGCAGAGGACAAGAGUGACUUGUCUUCUUCAUGUGGUCCUCCUUCUCUCCUAGCUGACUGUGAUGUGAAGCCUGCCAGGCCUGUACAAAGGCAAUGGAUUCAAGAACUACAAAGUACUGAAGAGGACAGCCAGGACGAAAGCCCUGUGGAAAGUGUUCCUAUUAGAGUGAAUAAUGGGCUCUUUUACGCAAUGGCUGAGGCAGGAUGA